GAUGCAGAUGGCUUGGAGGAAUACAAGCAGACCUACUAUCCUCAGGGAGGAGGGGAUGACAUGGAGAAACUUGUGGUACAGCAAGUGAAAGAUUAUGAAGAGAAGAAAGAAGAAGAUAUAUCACAGUCAUCUCAGAGCAAGCACCAAAUUAUAAACACAGCUGCCAUCAGGCAGGGCCAAGGUAGAAAGAGGAAAAUUGGAGAGAGAGACAGUGAUGAUGAAACAAGCAUUCUUAGUCAGGCUCCCAGGGAGAUAAAUAUAAGUGAAUUUACCAAAAGCAGGAUCAGCGAAAUAGAACUAUUGACCAAAACUGUUAUGUCCAAGACCAGUAAAAGAAAUCCAAGACAAAACAUGCCCCGCCACAUGAGAAGACGUGCAGCUAGUCAUAAUAUCAAAAGACUGCCAAGACGCCUGAGAAUGCAAGCUAUGGCAGAGAUUGAAAGUGCUGGAAAGAAGCCUAAAACUCCAUCAAGAUACCACCGCAGAAGACCAAAAAAUCUGAUGGCAGAAUAUAAUCGUAGACAAAGAAAACAGAAUUGGCUUGAGACACACAUCUGGCAUGCAAAAAGGUUUCAUAUGAUUGAAAAAUGGGGUUACGUGAUUCCUCAUUUCCCGAAUGACAAGAGUCUGAGAGCUAUUUAUAGAGCUACAUCAAAGUAUGCAGUGCUUCAGGAUAUAUCUUAUUUGGGGUGUAUUGAGAUUACUGGGCCAUUGAAAGAUAUUCUGCAUGGAUUAGAGAAACUGACAAGUUCGGGAAUAGGGCCUAUUUUUGGUGACAUGAAGUACAUACAAGGGACCAGGCAAGGAUCAACCAUCCUAUACAAGGAAGGCAGCUAUCCAGACAAUGCUAUUGGAGAGGUUCUUUUCCACUGGAAACCUGUCACUUUGAUCACCAGUGAAUUUUCUGGGUCAACCACAGUUUCUGAGCUUUCUGACUGCUCAUUGGAUGAUGAAACAAGGACUCUGUGGGUGUGGGUACAUCCAUCAUUUUGGGAUGAAGCAUUUGCUGAAUUCAAAGCUGCUUUGAAAUCAGGUCUCUCAGGGAAAGAUGAAUUAUACAGUAAAGAGAUGAAGCAUACUUCUCAGUUACAACAAGAACAUUCGAAGGCUACCAGUUCAGUGAUAGUGAAGUCUUUAAAAGAUAACAUACUCAGGUACAGACUGUCUGGACCUAUGUCAACAUUAGUAUUAGCAGAGGUCUUGAAACCAGCAAAGUUACAGAAAGAAAACCCAGCAGGUGCCCCUGAUGAUGAUUCAACAGUGCAGGGUGUGACUGUGAAGAAAUGGUGGCAGAGGUAUUAUUCUGAUCCCAAGAUCAGUCAGGUUGCCACCCAGCAAGAGGAAAUGUGGAGGAUUUUGUGUGGGAAGCAGACACCAGCACAGGCGCCAUCUGGUGGCAUUUUCAGUCUGACAGUCAGAGACCCUAGGAUACUUAUUCCACCCAAGAAGUCAGUAAUUGGUUGUACUGAUGUAGAGAGCACAGGGUGUAGAGAAAAUACUGUGUCCUUCACACCAGAGGUUUCCAGUUCUCCAGUUUGGUCCCAAAUGGUGAGAGAUGAAGUGAAAUUCACUCAGCUUCCUCAAAGUGAACUAAACGGAAGAAAAGGGAAUAUGUUGGUACCAGGAUCAACUCUGGAUCUGGGAGAUGACGAAUCAAGAAUACCGCUUCUUCUAAUUCAGUGUCCAGGCUUUCAAAGGUCAGGUUCUGGGCCAAGUCAUACCUCCCCUGGGUUUGGCAGUGGAUGGGACAUCAUCCUACCCUCUGGGUGGGGCAUGGCUUUCUGGAUUGCCCUAGUGUACCAGGGGGCUAGAGUUGGUGGGCUAAGGGAGCUGAACCGCAGUGCAGUGGACCAAGGACUCCUUAGGAUUCCUUACGAUUACCCAGAUACCCAGGCAGGAGCUGCUGAAGAACGCAAAGAAUGGGAGGAACUUGAAGCCAAAUACAAGAGGUACCCACCUGCAAAGAGGCCAAACUACAUCAAGUUAGGGGUGGCCAGUCCUUUCAGUUAUCCAUGGUUAAGACUGGUACAAGAGUGGUCUAAUAUAAAGAAACAAGGUGCUCCUUUUAUUGAUCACAAUAUCAUCACACAGGACUCCAGGAAGUUGGACAGGUGUUUAGACCAAAAGACACAUACUAACCAAAUUUCUGCAGAGAUUCUAGAACCAAUGGAUAGUGAGGAAAUUGAAGAAUUUGUUGUCUUAAGGACUCGGAAUCUCUUGAAGUAUCUUGAUAGAAUUUGUCAUGCAGCAAGCAUGGAAACAGAAUCUUCCCCUUCUAAUAUGGAGAUGAGCAAUAGUGACAAAAUUUCAUUAAAUCCACAGACUGACAUCAGUAGCACAGGUGGCAUAGAUGGUCAGGAAAUGCUGCUGACAUUAUCACAGAUGCACAAUGCAAUAGUUCCUGUCACCUUGAAUCUUGUAAGCAGAGGGGCCCCUGUUGACCACUCCAUGAUCUGCAUUCCUACACAAGGCGACUUGGACAGUCUGGCAAAAGACAGUAGAUAUGGUGGACCACUGGAGCAGAGGAAACAAGACCCUAAUAGCAGGAAAGUGAAGAAACAGAAAAUCAAACAAAAAGGAACACAGCAAGGAACAGCAGACAAAGUGAAAGUUCAUAAUUUUCAGGAUACCCUGAUUGAACCCAAGGAUGUGGCAGUGACAUCUAGUCGUGUGAUUCCUGGUGAAUACAUUGCUAGUUUGAAAGAAGGGCUUCCCAACUCAGUCCAAGAGCUUGAGAGGCUGACCACCCUGAUAACUAAUUCCAGUACCACUGGUAACACCAACCUGAGCCACACAUAUCACAUUGGAGACUUUCUCGGGGUGGCAUUUGAGACCACCAACUCCAGUCUUCUCUCCUUGUUGAAUAACGACAGUUCUGUGGAAAGCAUUGAAGACAACCUGUGGCUUAACCUGACCAGUACUUGUAUGUAUGCAGAAACUGUCUCAGGUGCUUUCUCUGUUUGGGGCCUUGCCAGAAUUAGCCAAAGAUCGAAAACUACUGACACCAAAUAUGUAUACGAGGAGGAGUCUGGGGAUGGUGUUCUUGUAUACCUUGUUGAUACUGGGGUGAACUUGGAAUGGAGAGAUGACUUGAAAGGGCGUGUAUUACAAGGUCCUGACGUAUCUGGGAGACAACAAGACUUAAAAGACAACAAUGGCCAUGGGGAACAUACCACUGGCAUAGUAGUUUCUUCUUGGUUUGGCAUAGCACGCAAAAGUAAAGCCAUGAUGAUAAAAGCUGGAAACGGCACAAAUGACCAGCUGAAAAAUUCCAAUGUUCUUGCUGCUUUAAACUGGAUUGCUGCUCACCACACAAAUUUGUCAAAGGAAUCCAAUAGUUCCCUGGCAAAGUCCGUUAUCAAUCUUCCGGUUGCAUCAAAAGUGAAAUCCAAUGCACUUAGCAGAGCAAUCAGCAAUAUUAUUGGCCACCAGGCAUUGCCUAUAGUGGUAGGGGCUGGGAACUUGCGUGAAAAUGCUUGUAAAGUCUUCCCUGCAAAUAUGACUGAGGUUAUUACUGUUGGGGCAAUGAACAGUAAAGAUGUCAUGUGGGAGAGAAGUAACUAUGGUUUAUGUGUUGAUAUCCUAGCACCAGGUGUUCUAGUGUGGUCAGAUGGUGCUAAAAAAGGGUCUGUGGGUACCCGCAUAAAUGGAACCUCUGUUGCAGCAGCCCAUGUGACUGGUGUUGUGGCACGUUACCUAGCAACCCAAGCUACCAUGCCUUCUCCAGCUCAGGUGAAGACAUGGCUGAUAGAUGAAUCAACUAAGGAUGUGUUGAAGGUCACCCCGGGGACACCCAAUAGGCUUCUGUACAUGGGGUGCAAUCAGUCUGUAACAACCGUAAUCCCAAUUCAAAAUAUCACUUCAGCAUUGCCAAUCAAUUUAACAACCAUUCACAUGUCAAAUAUGUCCUCGGCCAUUCCCGUUACAACAACAGUGAUACCGAACACCACAUCCCAUACUUCCAUCAUGACAACAACUGCGACCCGUUCUUCCAUCAUGACAACAACCGCAGCCCAUACUUCUGGCAUGACAACAACCAUGGGUCACAACAAUAUUUCGUCAACAGAAACUACAGCUUCCUCUACAAAAAUGACACCACCUCUAACAACACCCUCUGCUUCAGCCAUGAUGGAAUUCUCCAAAAACUUGACAAUUUUUUCAAUUGUGGCAUUCCUAUAUUUAGUUCCAUGA